CUUUUGUCCUUCGACGGUUUCCGUAGCUGCAAUUCAACUCCUUCCUUUCACGGCAUAGGAAGUUUCUUGGAUGCCCGGGGUGCGGAAGGGGGCGUGGCCAGGCUCCUGCGUGGUCCAACCGUCUCCUUCAACCGCUCACUAAGAUGGCGGCUUCUGAGGGAAGGGAGCUGGGUAGAAAGAGUGCCCUUCUCAACCAGGAACCGGCCCCUGGCUCUAGGACUCUCGGGCACCCACAGCUAGACCGGAGGCUCCCGAGGCUGGGGACCGAGGUCGGGUGCGAGAAGGUGAGCCGGCCGCUGGAGGUGGCGGCGGCGGCCACGCAUGUCCCGAGAACGGCGCUGCUGGACGAGGCGCCUCGCCCGUCGCUUGGCAAGGAAGCGGCCGUGGAAAGGUGGCCGGACCGCCGUGUCGUCGAGGCCGCCACUUCGUCGCCGGGCCUGGACGGCGUCGCCGUGUUGCCCGUUUCCGCCUCCCAGUCUCAAGGUUUCAUUCCGCUUGCUUCGGGGUCUGUGCCGCCGGUGUCCAGGGGACUCCCCAACUGGGCCCGGCCGCUGCAGGAUACGGCCCAGCGGGUCGCUCUUCCUCAGGGCAGAUCGGGGGAAGCGGCUGCUGCCACCCCCGGGCUCCUUCCCCUCAAGCACUUGGAAUCCAUCUGUGUUCGAGUACAAUCUGAUCAUACAAUACAGAAAGAAAAGUCAGUCUUAUGUCCUUCAACAGUCCAGUCUAUAAUUCAGCCAACUGAGAAGAAUUCCAAGAAGUUAGAAUUUAAUGUUGUUAAUCCUCAGAUUAUUCGACUACUGCCUCUUACAGGAACUGAGUCACAGCAGUUUUUCAUCUGUAAUUCUUCUGAACCUACAGUUCAGUUACUGCUGCAGAACCCUUUACUUCCCCUUGGACAAGUGACUGUAGCUAAAAUACCUACACACGGACAAACAAAUGCAACUGAUGCAACAGCUGCAGUAGAUUCUCUAAGUACUAAUCGGGUUUCAAUUUGUUCAGAAAAAUCUCUUACAAACCAUGAGAAAAAAGAAAAAGUUAAAAAGCCCUUAAAGGUGAAAACACGUUCUGGACGGAUUUCACAGCCUCCUAAAUAUAAAAUUAAGGAUUACAAAUUCAUUAAAACUGAAGACUUGGCUGACUGUCACCAGUCUGAUUCUGAUGACUAUUCUGAGCUGAGUUUAGAAGAUGAUGGUGACAAAGAGAAGGCAAUGUGUUCAUUAUUUGAUCCCUUGAUGUACAACCUGAGGCCAAAACUAUUUAAAUGUCAGAGUUGUGACAAGUCCUAUAUAGGCAAAGGAGGAUUAGCACGGCAUUAUAAACUUAAUCCAGACCAUGGACAGCAAGAACCGUCACUCUCUUCCCCUACAAGCAGGCCUCAUGGGACGGCUUUGCUGGAGCACACUAGAAAGACAAGUGUUAAGUCACAUGCAUCUGCAGAAGAUAAAAAGUUUGUGCAACAGCUAAGCAGCCAUCGGUUAUACUUGGACCCUGGAAGACUCAGACGGACAGGAAGGCUCAGUCAGUCAAAGAAGACUGAAAGAUCAAGGCAUUCUGGAGGAUUUAACAGACCUGGUCAGUUCCGUUCCAAGUCUCUUAAUAAUAUGUCAGCAGAACACCAAAGUAUAUUUAGAAGGAAAGCUAGGCUAAAAGAGCUGAUUGAGCAAUCCUCCAUUGAAGAUUUCAUAGAGCUGGUUGUUCCACGCCUUACAACUCUUAUUACUGUAUUUGAAUUUCUGCUAAAGAAGGUAGAAAAAAAAUGUUCAGCAAAAGCACCCUUCCCAGAUGUAUACAGGGAGUUUGAAGAGCUACAUGGUAUGGUAAAGAGAAUGUGUCAAGACUAUUUCAGUAACCCAGAAUUAAAUGAGCCAAUGGAAAUAAAAAACCCUAAGGUGGCUGAAUCACUAGGAAUUACUGACAGUUGUAUUAAAACACAGCAGAUCCACACAAACUCGAUGUCUGCAUGUAUUAAUACUACUUUUGAGCAUGUAUUUACAGAGAUUUCAGGACGGAAGCGAGCAACUGAGAAUUCAGAUGAAAUGUUGCCAGUUGCCAAAAAGACCACAGUGGGAAAUUUGCUGGAAAAUAUUGAUUAUUCAAAGCAUGGUGGAAUGAAAGAAGGAAUUCAUCCACAUCAAGGAGCAAACUCAACAAUAUAUAUCUGCCCUGGAAGUGCAUUACUAGAAGAAGAGCAUGAGUCCCUGGAACAAGAAAUUGCAUCUGAUCAGAUUGAUCAAGAUUUAUAUGACCAGUGCACACAAGUGACGCAUGAAACUUUACAACCUUCAAGUAAAUCAGGAUUUGAUUGUUCAGACUAUCUUAACCUCAUGGAGUGACACUCUCAGUUGACAGUGCAGCUAGUGUGAGGAAAAGCUUGUACAACUCCAUUUGGAAUACAGACAAAGUGACUCUGCAUUCUGUAACUCUGUCCUGUUCAAAAAUUAUAUAGUAUUAUGCACUGUAUUGAUACCCUGUUUUCCCAAAAAUAAGACCUUACCUGAAAAUACUGUAAGCCCUAAUAUGAUUUUUCAGGAUGCUCCUA